AUGCGAUCUACGAAGCCAACCGCAUCGCUGCGCCAAAGUGAAACGCGAAGCACGCAAGUCACAGCUGUGUCCACUCCGCAACGACGACGCACAACCGCUCCAGCAUGUCCUCGAUGCCAGCGGACAUUCCGGGCACGAAUUGGACUUAUUGGGCACCUUCGGAUCGACUGGACCGCUCGGACUGCACCAAUUGUCGUUUCUCCGCCCGCCUCUUCCUCGUCGUCUCCUCCACCAACUAUCUCUGACUGGUCUUCUGAAUCACCACAUCUAUCUUCUUCUUCUUCUGCCUCCUCCUCCUCCUCCUGCGCUGCCUCAACGACGCCCGCUAUGGCGGCUGGCACGCACGGCAACACCACACACAUCCCCGACACAGCAACAGACAUCACCCCUACAGCCUCCGGCUCCGGAGGUGAGGACCAGGUCUACACCUGCCCUCACGGCGACCGCACCUUCAUCUCACACAUCGGCCUGGUCGGUCACUUGCGAAUCCAUCGCACAGAGGCUGGCGAACCAGUGUCUGGUGCACUAGACUACACCAACCGCACUCGCCCCCACUGCCCACACUGCCUUCGCACCCUCACGCAUCGCAUGGGCCUAUUCGGUCACAUGCGCAUCCACGAAGACCUGCGGUAG